AUGGAUGAGAUUGUGAAGGCACUUUUUGGUUUGUCCUCCGGUUUGCCGCGGACUUCUGCAGUUUGCAAAGCAUGGCCUUCUGUUUCUGUUGGGCAACCGUAUAUUCGUGCACGGGUUAACGAUACCCUCUGGUUAACUGCAUACAUCCCGCGAGUUGAUAGUUCUCAUCAGGUUGCGUGGUACGCUAUCUACGAGAAAGAAAAACGCCGAGGUGAAUGUAACAAUGAAGUUUUCUUGGGUGUGGACAGUAUUUUCGAUCAAACAAAACCAUCAAAUCAAAGACUUUCUCUCUAUAAAAGAAAAGACGUGUAUUCUCUACAAUUACGGAAAGCUCAAAGGUCCGAUACUGGCGAUUUCUACGUAACUGUAGAACCAAACUAUGCUGUAUCAAAGGUUGACUUUGAAAAAGAAGACCAACGUUUAGUAGACAAAUACGUCUACUUGAAAACCUUAAUUAGAGUUGAAGUGUAUUGA